UCGUUCCCCGGCGGGGAGAGUUCAGAGGGCUAAAAGGCCGUGUUUGUGUUGUAUGGCUCUCUGCUAUGGCCUCCCUCUGCUGGCUGUCGUGUCGGUAUCUGUGCCGGUUCGCCUCUCCGCUGGCCCAAGCUGUCCGGCGGGCCGGACCCGCGCGCGCUGAGCGCCGCCUCCAGCGCGAGACCCGCCGCGGGAUCGCGGACAAGAGCGCGUGGAACAGAACCAGGAUGGAGCAGCAGCUGUCAGAGCUGGACAAGGCGGACGCGCUGAUGCUGAGAAAAUCUCACGAGACAGGGUUCUUGUCAUGGUUCCGAAAUGGUUUACUGGCUACUGGGAUUGGCGUCAUUGCAUUUGUACAGAGUGAUGCGGGAAGAGAAGCAGGAUAUGCCUUUUUCAUUCUUGGUGGAGUCUGCGUGUCAUUUGGGGGAGCAUCCUAUAUGGGCAGUUUGCUGACCCUGAGGAGAAUCAUGCUUCUCUCUCUGCCAUCUGCGCUGCUCCACACUGCUGUGGUGUCUAGUGUCGCCCUCUUCUGGCUGUGCGCAGUGUCGCUCUACAUCGGCCGCCUCGAAGUAGAGAUCAUCCGUGAUGAGGAUGAGGAAGAGGAGGGUGGUGAUGAAGAUGGAGAGUGUGCAGAGUGUAGGGCUCGGCGAGAUCGACAUCAUGCGAGCGAUAGAGGCCAGGAGAAGUAAUGGAGUGGGGAAAACUCCUGUGCUGUUUGAGCGCUGGUCUAGGACCUGCUUUCUGUAUUUACUUUCUAUCCAUAAAUAUAAACUCAGAACUGUUCUCAGAUCAGUGAAAAGAUCAUUUCAAAGGCAAUCUACAGUAUCAUUGUGCUGACUGAUGUUAAAAGAGAGAACCUAGGGGGUUUGUUAUACUGUAGAAUGGUGGAAUAGUGUCCUCUUCGAUGCGUGAGGAUCAAGGCUAUAAAUAACGAUCUUUCCUUUACAACAAAGCUGAAUUAGUGUGUAUGUGUAAGUGUGUAUAAAAGAUGACAAGCUAUUUUAAAUUGAACACUUGAAAUUUUUACUUAAAGGGGUAUUCCAUUAUCUUGUUCAAGUUUCUAACUCUCUUGUUUACCUCCAUUAUUAUAGCUGAAUAGGAGCUUUCUUUGGUUUCCAGCAGGUGCAGAUGGAGAGCCUGUUUAUUUAUAAUGAGCUUAGUGAUAUUCUAAGUAACUUCAUUUUGGUUUCUCUUUUCAGCUACAGCAGCUUAAUAUCAUGAAAUCACUGAAGUGAAAUUAGUGUUAAAGUCUCUAAUUUCAGGUCAGUGACUGAGUUUCAUUAGUCUGCUCUAGUUGUACUCGUUGUAAAUCUGCUGGGAUCAGUUUCUGUCUUAUAACCUUCUAGGGUGGCACAAUAUGGACAAAAUAUCAUAUUGUGAUUAUCUUACUACUUAUUGCAAUUGAAAUAUGACUUGUUUUUAAUAUACUAUUGCAAUAAGUUGAUGCAACACCUUCAGUCUAUAUUAGUUUGACUGCAAUUUUUUCCAUUUAUUGGAUCAUGUGAACAUGCUCACAGCACACGAUAACGUUUUUGUGGUGUAUUAAAUGGGAAUUUCACAAAUAUUAAAAACAAAUCUGCUUAAUACAGUCAUUGGGAUGUAAACAAAGUCAUUCAGUGUUUUGAUAUGAAAUGGCUCAUUAUAGAGAAACAUUCUGCUGGUAAUGGUAAAUUAGCAGUAAAUCUGAAAAAUAAUUGGGAAUUUUUUUCAUGCAACCCUGUAUAUAUUGAAACAGUAUGAUUUUGAUAUUAAAUAUCAAAAUCAUUCUUAACUGUUAUGUUUAACAAGUUUGUGUGAGGUAGCUUUUAGACACAUUAAGCACUUCAGGCAUGUGCUACCUCCAUCCAUCCAUUUUCUAAACCGCUGCUCCGUCAGGGUCGCGGGGGGGGUGCUGCAGUCUAUCCCAGCAGUCAUCGGGUGGAAGGCAGGAUACAUCCUGGACAGGUCGCCAGUCCAUCGCAGGGCAUGUGCUUCCUAUCAACAAUUAUUAUACGUGUUGCAGAUCACUUUUGAGAUAUAUUAAUUGUAUGUGUAACAAUCAGUGCUAUUUUAUGAUUAAUACAACCUCUUGUUCUAGAAAUAAAUAAAUAAAAUAAAAUAAAUAAAUAUCCGAAAGCAUUAUAAAUCAUUUUGGAAUAAAGCUCUUAAAUUUUGACUCUAUUUUUUACAGUGGCAUGUUUCAUAUCAAACUUUUCUGACUUUGGUUGCAUGUUAACAAUGUACUUAUUUCAGACACUUUUGAAAAAUCUGUGCAAUUCUCCUUUAAAGGCUUGAUUUUUGCGAAUUACAGCCUUUUAUGAUAUCACUACUGCAGAUGCCAAUAGCUGUAAAACUUUCAUGAUAUAGUGUAGCUCUUUGGCCUUUAUGAAGCUAGACUCUUACAAGAAUUUUAAUUUGCUUAACCUGCUGAUUUAGACACAUUGACUGAAAAUGUUUUCUGUCUAUAAAAUAAAAAUAGAAAUGAUUGGAUAUCCCUUUAAAUGUCUUUUGCUUCUGCCAGCAUACUAUAAUUGAGGCUGGCUGCUGGUCUAAUUAUUAAGUUGUGUAGCAUCCUCUAAUCAAGUGUUCUGGCUCGUGGCCUAGCAGACUGACUCGUGAAUCAAGCUAUUCAGUUACUUUUUCUGCAUUGUCUGGAUCCUCAGUUGUGAAUGCACAUACAUGCUUAAGUCUGUACAACUGUACAAUCCAAGGCUUUCUCUUGCUGUUCUGAGAAUGUUUACCUUUUUGUUCUGUCUAAUUCUUUUUUGUCUGAAAUACAAUCGUGUCUUAUGAAGCACACAAACUUCAUAAUGCAGUGAGAGAAUGUUUGGUGCGAUAUGUUUUAGGGAUGAUGAGUAGUAAUAGCAUUGAUAUACUUUGAGUUUAGUGCUAUUGCUUUAAAUACAUAGUGCUAUUAUUAUGAUCAUUUAAUUCAGGUUUUACUUUUUGGCCAUUUUCAGGUGACAAACUGAAAUGAAGUUUAUGUUUCACCAAACUAUUUAUAAACUAUAAAUAGACAAAUAGAAUUUAUCCCCUGAGUGUCUCAGGCUAAAAAAAUUUUAGAAGCACGGUCUUUAUAAGAGUAGGCUAAGUAUACCAGUAUUUUACUCAUAUGCUAGCACUUUUUUCUAGUAAACUUCGUAUUUGAAGUUAUUGCAUCUUUUCUCCACAGCUUUGUUAAUUUCAUUUUAGAGUAGUAGUUUUUUCCCUUUUCCCUGAUGACAUUAACUGCAGUGUCUGCAGCACUCUGUAUAUAUGGGCGUGUAUGUGCUUCCUCUGAUGGAGUGCCUGAAAGGUGUGUGUUUUGCAAGAGUUUUUGUUAUUCAGCGCACAUUGCACAGCCCAUUUGGAAUCAGCAAUGCUGAGCUGUUUGCAACCAUUUUUUUCUUUUUGCUGCUCACUGUUGAUGCUGUAUGUACCCUGUUGUUCGGCAAACCAAACAUCAAUAGUCUGUUCAACAGGUCUUUCAUUGAUUUGGUUCGAAACUGAAAUGGUGGGACAUAAUUCCAUACAAAUUGACAAUUGAAUUUGUCCACAUGUGCUUUCGAUUGCCCUUCGCCCACAUCAGCUUACUGAGAUAAAAAAAUAAACUAAACUGCACUGGGUAAAAUUAUUCAGUACUCUGUGUAGGCAUUGGUUUAUUUCUAGAUAAAGAGGAAUUUCACUGAGGUGUCCUAGAUUUAUGCACAAUUCCAUCACUAACACGUCAUUUAGGGUAGUUUAGUGUAAAAUGGACCAAUUUAGAAAAACUUACUAGCUCAGAAUUGUUCACAGUGGUGGUGAUGGCAGCCAGAGGUCUGAAGCAUUUAAUGCCUUGAAAAGUUAACUAGCAGAGAGCUGUCAAAUGAUUACAGACAUUUUAUCAUAGUUAUGAUAAAAAGUAUUCAGUCACGUCACUCCACUACUGCACUCCCUUGACUGGCUUCCUGUAGCUGCACACAUCAGAUUUAAAACCUGGUUGCUUGCCUACAAAGCCAGAAAUGGACCAACCCCUCCCUACUUGAUGGCAGUGGUCAAAAGUAGAACUUUACCUCGAGACCUUCAAGCUUCAAGUACAGCUCGGCUUGACCCGCCCUCGGACUCUUUUCUGUACUGGCACCCACUGGCUUUCUGAACAGCAGAGUCGCAGUCUUCAAACACAGACUGAAGACACAUCUCUUUAUACAGCACUAAAAUGAGCACUGAGUUAAGUAAUUAAUUGUAAUGUAUUAUACGGCACUUAUUGAAAUGUAUUGCACUGCACUGUGUUUAAACUCUUUUUCUCUAGGUAUCAACAGGGACUUUUGUUUCUAGCAGUAUCUGAGCUGAGGACUAGCUUUCUCUCUAGCCUAUUUGUAACUAGCAGUGAUACUUUCUCUAGAUAGACAGCGCACUUUUUGUAAGUGGCUUUGGAUAAGAGCAUCUGCUAAAUGCUGUAAAUAUAUGAAAAUCAUUCCUGGAGCAGCAAUACAUGUAGGGUGGUAAGUUAAGUACUCCUCAAAUUAUUUUUCUAGAUUUACCACAAUUUUACUAUCAUCAGCAUUUAUAUAUAAAAACUUCGAGGGCGUCUGUAUUUUCACUGGCUAUUUCGGACAGUUAAUAAAAUGACUACAUUUAUGUUGUACACAUUGUGACCCAAGGCUGCCAUCACCACUACUGUAAAGCAUUCUGUGUCAGUAAGUUUCUUUUCAAUGAAUCAUCUCACAUCCAAUCACUCUGAAUAACUUUGUCUACAUCUCAUCGAUUGAAUCAUGCAGCUAUUUUAAAUCAGUGGAAUUCUCUUUAAAACAUAUAAUUCUAAUUAGAUUUGAAAAAAUUCUUUAUACAGUUCACAGAACUGUUUCUGAAUCUAGUCCUGGUCUAAAAAUGUUGCAUUUCGAAUGGGUAUUGAUAGUGUAAGUUAAUGAAAGACAUUUUUAUUUCUGUGGUAGCUGGGUUGAGGGUGCACAUUUCGUCGUUAAAGAAACGUGAUGUAGAAAGACUGUUGUGAUAGUGUGGGGUAGAUUAACCAACUGUACAUAUAUGAGGUUUUUCAAUUGUGUCAAGAUCUAUUGAUUUCUUCUGUCAUUUAUUCUGUUUGAUCUCAAAAGGGCUGCCUAUUUAUGUUUUUAUCAUCUGUAGGAAAUGACUGCUUGUCACAGAGACCUUAGAUGACACGCUGAAUAUAAUUUAUAGGCUGGUUUAGAUCUUGCAAAUCCUCAAACCUAAUUAGUCUUUUUUUUUUUUUUGUUAAUCUGUAAGCAUAUCAUGUUUUAGAGAAAAGGUGGAACAAGAAAUGUAUCUUUUUCUUGAGAAACUUCCAGUCACGGGUGCUGUGUCUGACUUUUGUGAAGGAGUAUAGGAGAAAGUGAAAGAAUGGAAAAUAGAAAAUUGCUUUUCUUUGCUUUUCUCUUUCUUUAAAUUAAUCGCCAUGUGACGUUCAUUGUAUGUUUUUUUUUUUUUUUUUUUGAGUGUGUAUUUGUGCCGUUAUCGCCAUGGGAUUAUAGACUGUUUGUUGAUGCAUGACCUUCAGUGCUAUUUACUGUACAUAAUGAGGCUAUGAAUAUGUACAUAAACAGGACAUUAGAGCCAGUGG